AAAUGAAGUGUUUUGCAUUUUGGAGUAGUAGGACAUUAUUGUGUAGUUCAGCGUCACUGUGUCAAAAAUAUUUAGUCGAACGUAACCUUAUUGAUUUGUAAUCCAAGAUGGCCGAAUGUCGAAGAUAACAACGAUGAAAAUCCGAAGAAAAUGGGUAACACGUAAUAUUUAUGUACUUAAUGGAGCAGUCAGUGGCUAAAGAGAUCAAGAAAUGAUGGAAUGUAAAUUCAAAGAUUUGAUUGAACUCCAUAGGCAUAAAUUUUCUGCUGUCGUUGACGCAGAAAGGCUGUUACCAAUUUUAGAAAACGUAGAAACAUUGACUAAUGCCGAAGUUAGUGAAAUAAAUAAACUAACCACAAACAAGGAGAAAGUCGAGAAAGUGUUAGACAUACUAUUGCAUAAGGAUAACUUGGCGUUCAAGAGUUUGUGCCAUGCUUUGGAAAGCACCUACCCUCAUCUUUUGACUGUAAUGUUCCUUGGAAAUAGUCCAGCCAUAAGAUCAACUUCUGCCUCAGGAUCAGAUGUGCGGACAUCAGAUUCGGAGGACGAUGUUCUUAGAAGAUCUCACAGUUCAGACUAUAUCAGUAGUCGUUUACAGUGGAGAGGAUAUACUUCAUGUGACGCAAGAUCACAGGAUCUGAAGACAUAUACGCGAAAAAUCCCAUCAUACGAGUACGAUGAUUUUCAAGACCUGGGCUCAUCACUGGAAGGAUCGCUCGGCGACGCCCAGAUCAGCGGGGCCAAACACAAACACCGCUCAGGUCGUUAUAAACACUCACUAAACGGUGAACAUAGACAUAGUAGUCACAGCCGGGAUUACGAUUGGCUGAAAUCUCAGUGUGAACGCGCCAUGACAGAACUACAAGCAUUAAAAAUGCAGCAGUCUGAUAAUACAAAACGUUACGAUGCUGUGAUAAAGGAGUCAGAUUCGUACCGUCAAAGUUACAUGUCCACCCUAAGUCAGCUUCAGCAGGCUCGUGAAGACGCUGAGGCAAUCAGGGGGCAGAACCAUGACUUACGAGUCGAGAAUAAACGUAUCGAACAGGAAGUGAAAAAUGUGCUGAAAUUACGCGAAGAAGAUCUCAGAGAAAUGGAUGAACUACGGAAACACCAACGUGAAAUUGUGAGUAAAAGCGGUUCUACCGAAGUGCUAAACGCGUUAGACAUGUAUGAUCGUAUAAAACAGGAUUAUGACACUCUUAGAGUGCGAUAUUCUGACCUAGUCACUACACAUAGUUCCUUACAAACCAAGUUUGAAAGUGCCCAAGAGGAAAAUACUCAGUUGAAGAAACAAAAUCAAGCGUUGUGCACGGAACGUGAUGCAGCUAUUCUGGAAAGGAAUGGCCUAAAACAGCAAUGUACAGCGGCAAUCAGAAACUGGGACCAAGUUUUACAUGAACGAAAUGACAUGAAUGAGAAAAUAACGAAAAUCACCCAACAAAGAGAUGACAUUAUGAAAGAUAUGAAUCAAGCUCUGGCUGCUCAACUGAGAGCAAAGAAAGAGCUGGAAGUCGUCUCAAAGGAUAAGGAAGCUGUAUACAAGGAGUACAACCUAAUUAUGUCGGAACGAGACCAAGUGCAUAAGGAAAUCGAGCAGCUUAAUGAAAAGCUUGCUCAAGGUGCUAACAAGAUCGAGACACUUAUGAAAGAGAAGAAAGCUUCACAAGAUGAAGCCGAGACUCUGAAGCGUGAAAUCACGGCAGCUCUACAGGAUAGAGACAAAUCUGUGAAGGAACGGAAUGAAUUCAACGACAAGUGCAAUGAACUACUGAGUAAACAUAGUGCUAUAGAAAAACAAAAGGAGGAUUUUAAAAAGGAGGUGGAGAUGUCCAUUCAGCAACGAGACAUCGCGAGGAAAGAGCGGCAAGAAGCCAUGCAAGAUCGAGACCGAAUUCUCCGGGAGAAAUACGAACGAGAGCAGUUUCAGAAGGAGAAUGCUGACAAGAUGGACCAGUUCAACCGGGAGACAGAACAGCUCAAGAAACAGAUUGAACUACUACAACAGAAACUUUAUGAUGGCAUGCAUGAAGCAGAAAUAUACAAAAAUCGUCGAGACUGGGCUAUGAGCGAACGUGACAAGAUCGUGCAGGAACGCGACAGCAUGCGGACAUUGUGUGACAGUCUACGAAGAGACCGGGAUCGGGCAGUCAGCGACCUUGCCCAGGCCCUCAGGGACUAUGACGACAUGAAGAAACAGAAAUCAGACGCUGUUCGGGAACUGAAGGAUUAUAAAGACAAGUUUGACAUGGUGAGCGAAAAGGAGUGUCGGAAAUCCCAGCUGAACUCCGUCGGCCAUAACAACAGUCGGGACUCCGCCAUCGAUGCUGAUCUACAGGAGUUUGAGACAGAAACUCUCGAUAUUGAACUGACUGGCCUGAACAAGGAUGACCUUGGUUUUGAGCUGGUCGGAGGCAAGGAUGAUCCCCAGUACCCCAACGACACGUCAAUCUUCGUCAGCCACGUCACCAAGGGCAGUCCUGCAGACGGGAAACUCAGAGUGAAUGACCAGAUAAUGCGGAUCAGCAAUAAAGAGGUGAGCAAUGUCGAGAAGAGGUUCGCCUACAGUCUGCUCCGGAAUAGAUCUGGCAUCGUCAACAUGCAAGUAAUGCGUAGAAGGAAGAUAUCUCCGUCCCGGUCUUGGCAGGCCAUACAGCUGACCAUUCCAGCAGGCAAAGAUAUUGGAAUACAGCUGGAGAAUGGCCUGUAUGUCACGAGGGUCAACCCAGGGUCGUACUCCGCCAAGGAGGGGCUUAUUACUAUUGGAGACCGCAUCAUCAGUGUAAAUGGAAGAAGUGUUGAAAACAUGUCACCUGACGACCUUCAGAAGAUAUUGUACCAGUAUGGAGGGGACACCAUCGUAUUGGACAUCGCUCGUCAGACCACGCCCCUAUCCUCAGCAGGCUCCUCUCCCCUGCCCCUGACAGCCAAUAUGCAGGACCCGCUUCUGGUAUCGCCGCUGAAGAAUGAGGGUUUGAAACCGUGGGAAUCAGCGAGCGAGAGUAGCAAAGGAAGCAUGAAAAAUAUUAAGAGUAGUGGAUCUCAGACAGACAGUUUGGAUAGUCCCGUUGUUCCGAGGCGAAAAAAGGAUAAGAAGGGCAGUGAUAAGGAUAUUGACCAUAAAACGAGGCAUAGUGUUCAUAUAUUUGAUAGGGCAAUUGAAGCUGUGGAUAAAUUCUUUGGGCCGAGAAAUAAGUCCACAGAGAGGAUGGAUUCCGAGAAGGGAAUGUUGAGCUUACCCGUAGGUCGUCCGAGAACUAUGAUUGAGGAUAGAGAUACGGAAGACAUUGCGCAGUUUGCAUUUCCUACCCAUCAUCGUGAAAAUUCCAAUUCGUCCAAUACAAACCGGAGUAGCGGACGUCAAAAGCAGGAAAGGCCGGAAAACCUGGACCCAGAAAUGAGUGGGACAGGGACUUGGCCGAAAAUGAGAAACAUUAACACAGUUAAUACUGUGAAUGGAACUGUUAUUCAGACCCAGAAAAACCACCAUAAACGCCCAACCAUUGAUGCUGUGAUAAGCCAUUCAGAGGACCAAGGUGUAGGAAUUCCCACUGCAAGAGUACCUCCUUUGCCCCCACAGAGGAGUAACUCAUCAUUUUCAGCCGUUCGUCAUACCCCACAGAACUCUGAUUCCACGAUAACUUUCAGCUCGCCACCUUCACCAUCUCUUUCACCGCAGCCGAGCAACGCUAGCUCAAGUUCAUACUUUAAUAAGUCUCCGGCUCUGACCCCCAGACAUUCUUACAGUCAGGAGUCCCAGGACGCCACAAGUCUGACUAGUCACAGUGGGUACCAAAUGGGUACCGGUAGUCAACCUAGCUAUCUAGUCCAAAGGGGAAAAAUCAACCCCAAGAGCCCACCGCGAAUGCCCCCAAUUCACAGUCAAGUCGCCACAAAUCAGUAUAAUUUAAAACCAUCCAAUGGACAGCCACUGGCAAGGCGACGCCCAACCAGUGGACCAUCACACGAUCAGAGAAAUUCCAGCUCGAAUGUGCAACUUUUGUACCCAUCUAGUCAAGGGCAAGCCCCACCCAACUACUUUGUAGGCAGCCGCAACACGACGCCGGAGCCCCUCAGUCGGCCAAUAGAAUUCAUUGAUCGACCUCCAGGAGGCAGACACUACCCAAUACCCAGUCCGGGCUCCCACAGCAGUAGUUCAUUGCCAACUGCGUCCCAACCAGUGUUGUCACGUCAGCACGACGUCCAUCAGGCAACAAAGACCGUCUUACCUUACCCCGCCCACGCCACUCCGACUCCUCGCAAUGCAUUCCUUCCUGAGAACCUGACCGAACUCGACGAUUUGCCGGCCUACCCUUGCGGGAUGUCGGAUGUCAGCUCCCCGAGCCCGUCGAUUGUGUCAGAGAGCCGGUUCACGCCCACCCACGUUGACGGACACUAUAUUUAUUCAUACCACAACAGAAUGCAUAUUCCAUCAAUACAAAGUGCGACUGCAACAGACACAUCAGGAUCUGUUGAAAUAGUGUCAGACAUAGACAGCCCAAUUUCACCAUUCCCAGAAAUCAGCAUUAGCAAGAUGCUGCCCUCAUACUCGCCUCAUGCAGAGCUGGGGCAUGGGCGCAAACAACCAAAGCCUGGUGAGACGAGAAAGAUCAGUAUUGAGAAGACUUCUAAGCCCGUGGGCUUCCAGAUCGAGAUGGGACCAGUGAGUGGGGGGAUCUUUGUGAGCUCUGUUAACGAGAACAGCCUCGCCGCGCAGGCCGGACUGGUCAUCGGGGACCAACUAUUGGAGAUCUGUGCCAUCAACAUGCGUAACGCAACGUACGACCUGGCCGCUCGCGUCCUGCAGCAGUGUGGGAACAACCUUACCAUGCUCGUACAGUAUAACCCAGAAAAGUACAAUGACAACAACAGUUCAUCUGGCCACAGCACACCCGACCAGUCCCCACAAACAUCGCCCAAGAUAAAGCAGACGGGCAGCCAGCGUGUUCCCAGCUUUAAUCACACUCGACCCCCUGCACGGGUAGCCUCUCACAACUCUGGAGGAAAGUACGACAAUCCCCGUAAGAUCUCAUUCAAGAAGCCUAACCCGAGUGCAAGCCUGGGGAUCUCUCUGACGGGUGGGAACGCGACAGGAAUCUUCAUACAGAACGUAGAAGAGAACAGCCCCGCUCACAUUCAGAACAUCCAUACAGGGGACCAAAUAUUGGAGUACAAUGGUAUAGACUUCACCCGGGCCACUGCAGAGCAGGCAUUCCGACACCUUAACGAGCCAUGCUCCUCUGUUAGAUUUAAACUACGCUACCAUCCAUCGUUGUACAACAAGGUCCGUAGUAAGAAAAGCUGUGACUCGGUGUACGUGCGAGCGAUGAUGGAACACACUGCCGAGCGUGAGGGAGAGCUGAGUUUCCGACGUGACGACCUUCUCUAUAUCGAGGACACGAUGUACAACGGGGAGCAGGGCGUCUGGUACGCCUGGCUUAUCAACGACGAGGGACAGAAGAUCAAGGGUGGAACAAUUCCUAGUAAAGACAGAAUGGAGGAUGACCUGUCGCUACACCGUAGCCUUUCAGACAGCACGAGCUUGCACGGCUCUGAGGAGUUCAAAGUUCCAGCUAGACGGGGCUCAGGCUCGGCUAGACGUAGCUUCUGGCGACGCAGCAAGAAACACCAGCGUAACAAUUCCAAAGACAGCCGGGACUUUAAUUCCUUCUCGGAUGUUUCCCUAAACAGUGAUUCCCUGCCUGUUCUUGAUGAUUCCAUGAGUACAUAUCUUAGCGUCGAAAGACUAGAAUACAAGAAGACUAGGCCGGUGGUGUUAAUCGCUCCUCUAGCAGACGCCCUCAUACAGAAGCUGUCUGCAGAGUCACCGGACAAAUACUUCUAUUGCCAGCCUACUGUGAUGCAGACCUCUAUGAGUGCCAUGCAUGAAGGGCAGAAGGACGGCCACUACAUCGACUUCUGGCAGGUCGAGGACAGAUUCCAUUGUAUACGCACCAAGAGUGUCACCGAGAUGUGUAAUAAGAACAUCCACUGCCUGUUGAACGUGAACCCAGCUUCAAUAGAACGUCUGCAGAGGCAGCAGAUAUACCCCAUUGUUAUCUACGCCAGACACAAGUCUUACAAAUCCCUUAGAGAGGUGAAGGAUGUCCAGUUCUUGCCAGAGAAACUUAGCAUUAAGUCCUCGAAGGAGCUGUACGAGUACUGCUUGAAGGCAGAACAGGACUACAGACCUCUCAUAACUGCUACAAUCCAAGGUGGUAACCUAGCAGAAAUGUCUCAGCAAAUCAAGAAUGUGAUAACCGCGGAGCAGGAGAAGCCCAUAUGGGUACCCUCCUCCAUGUUAAGAUGACGUCAGGCCCUGCCCGAGGGACACGCCCCACACAAAUGUUGUGGGGCUGCCACACCCCUUCAGCUCUCUGUGCACAAUGGUUCAGAAACAUGUACUCGUGUGUGAGAUGAUUGGCCAUGCUUGAGGGAUAUGGUCGAUCUAACAAGGGAGCGUUGCCACGCCCUCUUAUGCCAAAUGGCUUCAGCUCGCUGCACAUACUGGCUAUGAACUGUGAACCUGUGUGAUAGAGGGGUGGAGGGGGGUACAUGAAAAGCUGUGAUUAAUUUGUCAAUGUGUACAUUUUACUGAAUAUGAUGAAGUCAAUUGAUUCUAUUCAAUUGUUAUAUUUCACCAGUGAAAAUGAGGAUACAGAAAGGAUUCAAUUCGCCUGUUGUGAUCGACUCUAUUAUAUUUUGCCCAUGAAAUGUGGCUGCUUAACGUUGUGUGUCUAACGUUCAUGUCAUCACAAACAUUAUCACUUGUUGUGCUUGUUGCUUGUAGUAGUUUCCUUUGCUCGGCAACAUCAGUGAAAUUCAUAUGAUUUUAGUGUAAGAAACGUGCAUGUUAAAAACUUAUGUCUACCAGUAACAAGUCUAUUAAAAUUGCAGUUUUGCAACAAAAAAUACUGAAUCAUGGAUGGUUUAUAAAACUUCAAAUUUGUGAACAUUAAAUUGUUGAUACAAUACAAGUUAUGUUUUAAAAAUGCAUUAAAUGUGUAAUGAUUUGGACUGUUGAGUUAAGCUAGCCUAUGUAAGCUACAAGGACAAGAUUCAAAUCAACUUCUCUGGCUGGAAACGGAUACUUUAUUUGUAUCAAGAUCAGUUUCACAUUGAUUUCAGUCAAAUAUGUAUCUACAGUAUUCAAAUGUACAUGUUUCUUAGAGCAGUUAGUUGAAACCAUUCCAUAGAAUAAUUUGACAGUGGACGAAUAUUUAAUCAUGCAAUAUCAAGUAUUUGUAAUCUUUGGCUUAUUUCUGGUAAAUGGAUUUUUUUUGUUGGGAUCUUUUAAUUUUAGAACCAAGUUGACUUUGAUAUCAGCAUUGCACAUUUUAUGACAGUCGUCAAUUCUCACUUAAAAACAACACAUACAGUCGAACCUCGUUGGCUUGAACUUCCAAGGGGCUGGCAAAAAUACCUUGACACUCGAGAAAUUCUAGCCGAGCGGGAAUGCUUACCUUCAGUAGAAAGGAAUUGGUCCUUUACCUCCAGUUUGAGCCAAUGAGGAAAUAACGCCAAGCAGGUUCAAGCCAACAGAGUUCGAAAGUAAUUCAUGAAAAAGGCACUACGGUAUUGUUUAGAUUAAAUUCAAUUAAAAGACGUUGUCAUGAUUAUUGGUCAUAGUAAAUUUUUGACAUAGGGUGAUUUCAUAGACACUCAUGGUACAUAUGUGAGCUUGGUGGCGAAAAUAUUUCCUGUUGAGGCAGUUAAGUGAUUGAAAAUAAACAAGAUUCAUCAUUAUAAUUUGAUUAAAAAUUAAUAGGACUUGUUGAAUAAACGUAUCAAAUGACAAUUAUGGAAAUUUUGGGAUUUAUGGUAACGCCAUAAUAUUUUGGUAAAAAUUGAUAGGCUUUUAUCAGUAAAAGAGUAUUUAAAAAUUAUACCCUUCUUUUUCGACCUGCAUUUUAGUUGAAAUAAAGAAAAAAAUGACACAAACUGCAAUAGCAUUAUCUGUUAUGGGUUUAUUCAUCAUUUAUUAUAUUUAUUAGAAUUCAGUAACCAAUACCUGUUUAGAUGCAAAAAUUACAUGGGGUGACCAGGCAAGACAAAGUCUAAUUUGUAUAUCGAAUACCUUAUAAGUCCACUAUUCGCACCGGAGGAACCAUUUUUGCAGCCCAUUUCACUUUAUUCAAGGUUGUGAUCGAUUAGAAUCAUUUUUGUGGAUUGUAAUGUGUAGUUUUGGUCAUUCUCAAUUGAUCCUUCAUGUAAAUUCUUUAGAUCUUAUUUUACAUACAUGUAUAUGCCUAAACUGUGAUAAGUUCUUUUCAUGUGGAAUAAUUUUGUGCUCGGUAUGCAUUUACUAUAUGGACAAUUUAUUGGUUAUUUAAAAAGAGAAAUGAUGAAGAGGUUGCGAAACAUGGCUUGUACAUGUAGCUGAUACAACAUGUACAUAUAAAAGUUGCAUUUGAAGAUUUUUUAAAGAAAAUGGGAAAUUUUAUUUUAAACCUGUACUUGCGGGUACUUGUAUAAAACCGCUUUUCUCCUGCUAUUGUAAAUGUCGCUCUUCAGUGAAUUUUUUGGGAAAUUAUUUUUACCGCCUGUGCCUUGCAAAUUGGGAAAAAAAAGUUGACUUUGGGAAAAACACAAAAUCAGGCCCAAAUAGAUAAUAUAUGGUAAAUAUACUAGUUCUAACUUUUAUAUGCAUACAUUAUGCUGUGAAAGAGUAAGAAUUGUCAAGAUUUUGUUUAUAUUUCAAAAAAUUCAUUGCUUUUUUAUUCAUUAACAUGAUCUACAUUAAUGAAAUUGGGGAUUCUUUUUAAAGUUUUGAGAAAAAUGGACAUUUUAGAAGGCAAUAAAUUGCACCCCCCAAAAAAUACUACUCUUUACUUGUCAAAGAAAUCAAACCUGGAUGACGUAGUGCACAAAAAGUAGUCCUCACAUACUCGUACAAGUAUUGUUUCGCAUCCUCAAUGAUUGGAUCUACAUGUUGACAUUGUCAAUAUGCAUGUGUAUAUUUCCCAUUUUGCAAUGUUCGAAGGUGGUGGCAGGUUUACUCAUUAAGAACAUAAAAGCAUACCAACAUAUAAAUUGACGGGAAUUACAUUUACAAGAUACAUCUAAAAAAGUCUGAAGUUUUGGAAAUGCAUUUAUCUUUUUAUUGUACACAAAUACAGUGACACGCAGAUUACUUUGACAAAUGAACCAUUGAAAGUAGAAUAAGUCUUAAAUACAAGUUUUUGGCAUAGUAUUAAAUAUAUGACUAAUAUUCAUCAAAAAGAAGCGUAAAAGACCUAAAAAAUAUUGUGAACCUUAAAAACAGGUUACACCCUGAAGCUGCCAUUCUAUUUUUAGUCACAGGAAGCUAUGAUGUCUUAUUUCCUGUUUCCUGUCACAUUUUCAAAAAGACCAAUAUCUGCUUGCUGUGGUUCAAAUAAAGACACCGAGUGUAUAUGAAACAGUCUCAAAUUCCCAGAACUCAUAAAAUUCAUGAUGUUGUAAGAAAAAGUGCUUUAUUGUUUGACUUCAUGUUUAUUGUGUUGUAGAGUGCUUGACUUUGUGUAAUGAAUUGUCGUUCUGUGCUGUCUUGUGUCACAUUUGUUAUAAAAUAAAUGUUUUUUAUGUGAUUUAUUGACUUUUCAUGCUAUGUAUUGUCAUUGCGAAAUAAAAAAAGAUAAAGUGUAA